CAUAUUUGCUCCUGGCAAAACAUCUUUAAGCCAUGCUUGUUGAGGGCGCCUAUAGCCGUUCAUGUGGGCUCCUUGCAGGAGUAUAGGGGAUUUGGGUAUCUCGGUCUGAGAGCCGCUCAUUGAUGUGUGCUCAGUGUCCAUAGAAAAGGCGAUGAGCCUCAAUGCUGCAGUGACCACCAUGUCUUCAUCUGCCUCUUCAUCGUCUGGGAAAGCGGCUGGAAAAUUAACCAGUUUUGUUCCUGAGCUCCAGAACAUGAUGUUUUCCCUUGGCGAUGCUCGACGUCCUUUGUACGAGACUGCCGUUCUGGUAGAAGAUAUUGUUCACACUCAGCUCAUCAACCUGUUGCAGCAAGCUGCCGAAGUGUCUCAGAUGAGAGGAGCACGGGUAGUGUCCCCAGAAGAUCUCCUCUUCCUGAUGCGCAAAGAUAAGAAAAAGCUAAAACGGCUACUGAAAUACAUGGUGUUCCGGGACUACAAAUCCAAAGUCCUGAAGGCAGUAGAUGAAGACGAUAUUGAAGAGAAGUUGGCUGCCAACAGUAAUGCAAAUAAACGUCAGAAACUGGCCCAAGAUUUCCUAAACUCCAUUGACCAGACCGGAGAGCUGCUAGCACUAAUGGAGGAUGACGACAUUGAUGAAGUUAAGCAGGAACGUAUGGAGAGAGCUGAAAAACAAACCCGAGCAAUGGAUUCAGCGCAGUAUGCCGAAUUCUGUGAAAGUCGACAAUUAAGCUUUUCUAAAAAAGCAUCAAAGUUUCGGGACUGGCUGGACUGCAGCAGCAUGGAGAUCAAACCCAAUGCUGGCGCCAUGGAAAUCCUUACCUACCUGGCCUAUGAAACUGUAGCUCAGUUGGUGGACCUGGCUCUGCUUGUGAAGCAGGAUAUGUCUCCAAAGGCCUGUGAUCCAUUCUCCCAUGCCAUGUCUGCUGCGUACUUGCAGAACCGUAAUCCUACAGAGCCUCUUUUCCAGGCACAACCAAUGAAAAGUAAUCCAGAGACUCCAGAGAACACUCCUCCUGCCACGCCAACUCCACCAUCAUCUGGAACACCACAUAUGGGCAAAAACCAGCCUGGUCCCUUGGGGAAUGGCGCGCAAACCCCAGAAUCUGCCAAGGCCAAGCAGAGGAAAAGAAAGAAGAGCGCGGCAGCCGGUGGGAUCGAGUCGAACAGUGAUGCCAUCCAGCCCAGCCACAUCAGAGAGGCCAUACGGCGCUACAGCCACAAGGUUGGCCCGCUUUCUCCGUUCACGAGCGCCUACCGCAGGACCGGGAUGCCCUUUUUAGCCUGUUAGUACGGAUGGAGAGAAAGGAAGUGGAAAACACGGCGAGGUUAUUUUAAGGUGAUCCCGUCCACGUUAGAAGGGAAGCGACUGAUUCCCCCUCGAGUGAGUGGGCCGAUUGUUGUGACUAUAAACUGACUGCAUGUCUCAUUCUGCAGCCCCCUCAAUCGUUCUUCUUGUUUACUAGUUGGAACGCUGUCCUAAUUAAUGGCAGGAUGUUUGGGAUGGAGUGUGGGUGGAGGAGAACGCACAUCACACAGCUCUGUCACUGGGAGUGAGAUGACUGCCAUCAGCGGCCCACACAUACUAAGGGCUGGAUCAUCUCUGCUGCUAGGUGGAGCCCGGGAUGUACAGAAGUUAUGCUGUCCUCUGCUCUUUCUACCCUAGUGCAAGCAAUAGACCUGUCCUUUACUAUAUUACUCAAAGUGGCAGAUUUAGAAAAAAAAAUCAUAGCAAGUAACAGGUUCUCUUGUAAGAAAACUAUCUAGUCAACUUUACUCGCCUUCUGUGAGCUCCUCCACCCCUCUAUGUGAGUCAGGAGCCUAAACAUUAAGGUGUUGGAGCUUACACAGGGUCAACUUCCUCCUCCUUGUCAGGUGACAGCAUUUGGACCUGGCAAUUGGCUGCUUAGGUCCCAGUGCUGGAUCCUGAAAGAAGAUCGAAUACUUCUCUAUACCCUAAAAUACUGGCUCCAACAAUGCAAAAGGGAAUCCUCAUACUUCUCUUUUAAGCUUCACAGCAAAUACUGGUCAGGGACUGGGAAUUGGUGGAAGAGGUUCCAUAGCUCCUUAAUGGAGGUCUUUGUGUGCUGUACACUCAGCACUGGGCAUUCUCCAGGCACAGGGAAAAAUAACUGGGGAUGAUACAGGGGCAUUUACAGUGGAACCGAGUAACGCGGUUGAAAGACAGGCAACUUUUUUUUUAAAUUCUGACUCGGUUUGCGAGUGUUGUCUCGCAAAACAAGCAGAAUUCAAGCUAAUGAGGU